AUGAGCAAGCGGUCGCUCGAGGAGUCCAGAGCAGGCGUACAUCGGUUGCCCGACUCGGAUAACAAUGGUCUGCCGCCCAUCCACGACCUGCUCUCUCCCGGCGAGGAGGAGCACGGUCAGUCAUCCGGACCCUCUAAGAAGCCUAGGAACUUCAUCGCCACCGUCGCGUGCGAGACGUGUCGUUUGAAAAAGACAAGAUGCGACGAAUCGCGGCCAAGAUGUGGAUUGUGCAAGUCUCUUGGCUUAGAGUGUGUUUAUAAUGAGCGUAAAUCCUCAAAACGCGAUCAAUCUCUCACGAUGAUCAUGAGUACUCUCCAUCGGCUGGAGACAAAAUUGGAAAAUAUACCAACUUCCAUUUUGACAGAUUUGCAGUCCCUUCGGACUCAGAUACAUACUCCUGCAAAUGAACUGCAGACGCAGCUUUCGCCUGCUUUUGGUGAUGAUGGCAAUCAGCACAUGUUAAUGCUGCCCUCCACCGGGGAUAACUUCACACCCGCGGCAGCUGGAGAUGGAGAUGACUUUGAUCUCGAAGAAAAUCAAACAAAGCCAGACUCUGCAGGCCGCAUUUCUAUAUCUUUCAGUCAGCAUGGUGUCAUUGUGUGGCCCGGCGCACGACAGAUUCUCCCGAAGCAGUUACUAGCUGCCUACGAAAUGCUCGGGAAAAACUAUGUCAUUGAAUUAGAAUCGGCGCGGCCUCAACUACCGAUCUUUUCCAGCCCCUACCCGCUCCAUGCGGGGGAUCAUUGGUUAGAAGUACUUCCACUGGCAAUGAUCAGGGGUCUGGCGGAUGCAUUCUUCAGUGUUUUCAAUCCCUCUACGCCGAUUAUGGACAAAGGGUUCUUCUUUGCCUUCACACUCGGCUCGGCCAUCGAGAGUGGGUUUGGAUAUAACCUAGAAAGCUGUUUGGUGCUUAACGUGCUCGCAUUGGGAUGUCUGGCUGUUCACGCCUACCAAGAAGGAAACUAUCCCCUGCCAGGUACCCAAGGCCAUCGAUUCGAACCUCCAGAGUGGAUGAGCGUGGUUUACGAAGAGCAACCCGGGUUGCGAUUCUUCAACGAGGCUCGGCGGCGUAUCGGCUUCUUGAUUUGUGACAACGAUAUCCAAAGUUGCCAAUUCUAUCUUCUUUCCUCUGUAUAUUACACCCAGAUCCCUCGUCCAAUGGAUUCAUGGGCAAUGAUUCAUCGUGCUGCCACUUGCUGUCUAUCGAUGUUAACCAACCAUAAUGUGAAUUUCGACAAGUGGGAAGGCGACAUGAAAUCCCGCGUAUACUGGAACUGUCUCAUGAACGAGACAAUUCUCGUCCAAGAACUCCACCUCCCCUCAAGCGGCCUCUCCCGUCUCGAAGAACAAGUCCCAAUCCCGAAAUUCAUCCCCUUCGAAACAACCGGCUACGGCGCAACCCGCUUCAACGCAGGCCUCGACGACUCCUACUUCCAAUACCAUUUCCUCGCCCAAGUAGCCCAUCGCAUCAUCCUCACGCGAAUCCGCCAUUCCCUUUACUUCUACUCCGAUUCAGGAACCUUCCCCCUUCCAGCAAUCAACACCGAACUGCAUCACCAACUAGAACAAUGGCGCACCAAUCUCCCAACGGCUAUCCAAUUCAACAACGCCCCCUACUCAUCCCACCCAACCCCAGCAGACCCAUCAAUCCACCCCUCCCCAUCCUCCGCAGCAUCCCCAAUCCACCUCUCAUCCCCAAGACCCAGACCCACAGACCCAAACAGACCCCUAUCACCAGCAAUAGCAAUAGCAGACGCCAUGCUCAAGGGCCGACACAUGAUCGCCCGCUUCCACAUCGGCCGUCCAUAUCUCUACAAAGCCCUCCGCAUCCCGCACCUCCUCACAGACGAAGACUUCGUGCAAGUGCGAAGCGGUCUCCAGAACGCAAUGAACUGGCCCAUCGCGCAGGGCAUAUUCCGGAAAAUGAAGAGCUGUGUCCCGAUCAAGUUUGCCUUUUGUUCGCAGUUCUUCGGCCAGAUCCUUUUGUUCUAUUGCAUAGCACACUCGCCGAGUGCCCGUCUCCGAGAGACUCUGCCGGACGGCUGGGAGCGCUGGAACGAGGAGAUGCUGGGCUUUUUAGAGGACUGUGCGGGGCAUAGUCCGGCUGUUGCGCAGGAUCUGGAAUUGUUGAGGUAUCUAUGGCCGGAACACUAG